AUGGGAAAUUCAAAAUCAACCUCAAGAAGACAAGAUACUAAUGAACGAAAACAACAAUGUAACAAUCCCAACAGACUAAGUAAAGGAUUGUAUGAAUCCGAAUUUGAAAUCGAUCGGCUGCAACGCCAACACUUUUUCAGCCAACAUUUAUUCGGAAAUAAUUUCUCUUGUCCGAUUGAGGAGACGCUAAGGCAGGGAGCUCGUGUUUUAGAUGGAGGAUGUGGGCCGGGAGCUUGGCUUCUUGACAUGGCGACACAUUAUCCAAGCUCUCAUUUCUUUGGUAUCGAUAUCGUCGCAGCCUACCCGAGUCAAAUUAAACCGGAAAAUGUAAACUUUUAUAAGUGUGACUUGAUGCGUUUAGAGACAUUGGGGUUCGAGGAAAACUCAUUUGAUAUGGUUCGACUGAGCAUGAUGAAAACUUCGUUGAGUGAGGAAAAAUAUGCCAAAAUUGUCGAUAAAAUGCUAAAAUUAUUAAAGCCGGGCGGUUAUUUCGAACUUUUGGAAGUAGAAAUGACCUCUAACUUUGGACCAAAUUUUAAACGAAUGAAGAAAACGGUAGAAAUGAGUCUUGGAGAAUGCGUCGACCACUCAUUAAAUCUUGAAAAAAUAAUUUUCGCCACUGAGCAAUUAAUAGAUAUUCAACGAGACGCACGGAUUGUAAAACUUGGCCCAUCUGGUGGCUUCGUUGGAGAACUAUAUCUCACCCUAUUGGAAGAAUUUAUUACUGUUUCUAUUGGAGAGAUGCUAAGGGAGUUCAUGGCAAUGACCUCAAAAGAAUUUGAACUGUUUUGUCAGCAAUUUAAAACCGAGUGUCUUGAAUUGGGAACGGAAAUUCCGUUUGUCAAAACAUGGGGACAGAAAAUUGCUGUUUGA